AAUGGCGUCAGCCGAGUUUCUAGAGCAAGCUUUGUCCACAGACGUUGAUGAGAACGCAGUGAACGCAAUUGUAGGCUCUCUCGAAAAUCAGCUAGUUACAUCGGUUACGACGUCCUCUUCACAGAACAUUUACAUAAACGGAGUUCCAAGGCAGUUAACUAACAUUACGUCGAGUGCAAAUUCUUUCGGUGUACAAAAAUACAACACGGACCAAAUCAGUGGCGGUGGUAUAGUGACUGGAAUUCAAUCUCCAGCAAUCGUAAACAGCAGUGCCUCGUUUAACAAUGUGCAAUCGUCUGCCACUUUUGUUUCGCAAGCGUUAACAGGAGUGGUUUCAAAUUCCAGUGAUUCGUUAAAAGUUAUAUAUUCACAAACACAAGGUCUUAACCCCAACAACCGUGUUAAUUUUACUGCUCAAUCUAUUGCCAACGGUUGCAUCGGAUUACCCGUGUCACAAAAUCAGAUUCUUCAUACAGUAAGUGGAAAUAGCGUUAUACCGCAGUCGAUCAGCAAAACGGUAACAAUGCAACCGCCGUUGGUCAUCAAACAAGGCACGAGCAGCGGCCAGGUGGGCAUGCAACCUGGAAUGGUGACGGUGCCCAUGACUGUCAACUCCAGCAUGUCUGGAUCUAUACCCAAUGUCAUGACUAUCAAUAAGCCAGGAGGGCAAAACGUCGUUGUUACUACUCAGAAUUUGGGUUCAGCUCAACCUACAAUAAUUCCUAACGUUCAGAUUUUAAACAUGAGACCUGGGGCACCAGCUGUUGCUGCACAGAAAUCAGUGGCAACGGUUUCUCCUAGAGUGGUGAUAGGUGCUCCACAGGUGGUCGGAGCAAGAGCUGCAGCUCCAGGGAUAACGCUGCAAACUCUGCAAAGUCUACAACCCGGGCAGCAGGGUCAUUUGUUGUUAAAGACUGAGACGGGUCAGUACCAGCUGCUGAGGGUGGGGCCCGCGCCCUCGGCCAGCACGCUCGCGGCGCCGCAGGCUCAGACCAUCCGGCUGUCGACCGUGCCGGCACACCCUGGUGUGGCGACAGUAUCGACGAGCGUGGCUGCGCCCGGGCAGAUGCAGGGGCCGAUGCCGACGGGGCCCGUGGCAGCGCCCGUUGUGCCGCCACCCAGUGUCUCAUCGGCCACGCCGCCACCGCAACCGCCGACUGUCACUACGCAGAAACCCAAUGACAACACCAAAGAGAAAUGUAGGAACUUCCUUGCUAAUCUACUGGACCUGUCCAGCAAGGAGCCCAAGUCUGUAGAGAAGAAUGUGAGGAAUCUCAUCCAGGAACUGAUUGAUGCUCAGGUGGAACCGGAAGAGUUCUGUGAUAGGCUUGAGCGUCUUCUGAAUGCUAGCCCCCAACCGUGUCUUAUUGGGUUCUUAAAGAGAAGUUUGCCACUGUUGCGACAAUCUCUGGUAACAAAAGAGUUGGUAAUAGAGGGCAUCAACCCUCCAGCUCCACAUGUGGCCUUUUCGACCAUCCCGGCGCCGGCGCAGCCCGUCAUAGCUACAUCCAACGUGCAAAUGCCAAAGCCGCCCAAGUCCGGGAGCACGAUAGCCGUCCUACAGAACAUACCGGUCCACACAAAGAUCAAUGUUAGCAAAGUGAGCAGCGGCAAGGCGAUGUCUGUGAACAGCAAGGCCAACUUCCCGCGAGCCGCUGUCCCUUCCGCGGCGUUGUCCACAGUACUGACGCCCGGCAAGUCCUUGCUGAAGGAUAAGGAGAAGAAAUCCUCGAUGCAGUUCGCGUCGCAGCCGUUUGUGGACGACAAAAUGGCGGGCGAUGACGACAUCAAUGACGUAGCCGCCAUGGGUGGCGUCAACUUGGCCGAGGAGACCCAGAGGAUUCUCGGCUCCACUGAAAUGAUUGGCACGCAAAUAAGAUCGUGCAAGGACGAGUACCUAAUUGGCACUUCCGUGAUGGGAGCCCGAGCUAGGGCUGCCGCCUCCCGUUUAGGAUUGGAAGAGCCGUCUGCAGAAGUGGCGGCGUUGCUGGCCCAUGCACUGCAUGACCGGCUGAAGACCCUGGUGGAAAAACUGGCGGUCAUAGCUCAGCACAGGAUCGACCUCGUCAUCAAGACGGACUCCCGUUACGAGAUGACGCAAGACGUGAAGGGCCAACUCAAGUUCCUGGAGGAAGUGGAUCGGGCGGAGAGGAAGAGGCGCGAGGAUUCUGAAAGGGAGAUGUUGCUCAGGGCUGCCAAGUCGCGUUCCAAGAACGAGGACCCGGAGCAGGCCAAGCUGAAGGCAAAGGCGAAGGAGAUGCAGCGCGCGGAAUUGGAGGAGCUCCGACAACGCGAGGCGAAUCUUACCGCGUUGCAGGCCAUAGGGCCGCGCAAGAAGCCGCGCCUCGACGGACCCGCGGGCGCCGGCGAUGGAGGCUCCAACCAAACGCCUCACACGCAGACGGGAAUCACUGGACGGAGUCAGUUGGCGUUGCGUACGCGUCUCAAGCGUAUAAACCACAGAGAUAUGGUAUUCCUGUUGGAACAAGAGAGGGAGACUGCACAUUCGCCGCUACUAUUCCGCACAUAUCUCAAGUGACCCUACAUGCAGACUGUUUACCACAAGGGACACCUGUUGUAGACAUAAGAAGAUUGGACCAAAUAACAACUUAGGAGUGCAAUGUGAGAAGUGUUCAGUGGUGCGAUGAAUGCUACGCAUCAAACUAAACGUGUGCUAUGAAAUAAUGUGUACCAAAUGAAGAAGAGUUUUUUAUUGUGUUGACCAUGUAAGUUUUGUUUUAGUUUUUAAAUAACUAGUUAAUUGUAAUUUCUUAAUGAAAGUGAUAGUUGAAAUUUUAUAAAGGUAACUAUCUAGUUUUGAGCAAACUCAUGGAACGAUUGUUUUUGAAGCACCCUCUACCACUGAAACAGUGGUUCUUAAACUUUUAGUAACGAGGGAACAUUUGUCAAAAUUAACGCUGAAGAUAUGAACCCCCACUCCCCCCCAACCCCGUUAUUGCAUAACUUAUAUUUUUUCGAAUGGCUUCCUUUGAAUGGCUCCUAUGAGCCACUGCACUUAAAUAUGAUACUUACAGUAUGCUUAAUAUUCUUUUGAUUAUUUUUAGAUCUGUGAAAUUCAAAUUCCGUUUUAGCUAAAAUUUUAAUUCACUUUUAAAUGAUUUUAAUGGCAAUGACUUCAACAGUAAAUCAAUAUUUAUUAUAUCCAUGAGUUAGAUAAAAGAAGUUUCAACAGGUUAGAUGCACUGAUUUAUCCUGGAAUGCGUCUACAGAAUAAUGAUUUUUUUAUUUACUUUGUCGAGCUACUCAACUUAUUUUAUUUAAUGAGUGAUGUGCGUGAAAACCUAAGAAACAAAUAUCCAUGAGUUAGCUCAAAAUAAUAAGUGUUGUUGAACAAAACUGUUCAUUAGAUGCAAUAUUGCAUCAGUAACUACUAUUAUUUACUUAGAUAUCACUAGAAGUGCUUAUAUAUAAUAUAGUAAGUAACAUGUACAGAUGUAAAUAACAUUACUUUUUCAGGUAACUUUUUUAUAACAUGUAACCUUUUUUGUUGUUUUUCUUUAUUGUGCACACUAUUACAAACUAUACUCUGAUUGACUAAGGACUUGUGUGUUUACAAUUCUCGAAUAAAAUUAUUUACUUAAUAAAAUAUCACCUACUACAAAAAUGAAUAAGAAUGACAACAUAACUGCUAUUUUAUCUGUUUGAUAUUAGACAAAAAGUGUAAAGCAAGGAUUUGAGAAAUGUGAAAUUCCGAAAAUUUGAGAAUAAAUAAAUUUCAGGUUAAAUUUUAGUAAUUUUAAGUUACCACAAUGGGUUACUUACUCAUCAAUUAUUAAAAAUAUUUAGAUCAUUUUAGUAAAUUCAUGAAAAUAGGUACCUUACAAUUAUGCGGACUUGUUUCUUAUUUACUGUUUAUCUAUUGGUUAUCAUAAUUACAAAAAGUAUGUUCUGAUGACAAAUGUAAAUUCUCUUAUGCAGUGCACCAAUGCGUUCCCCUUAAUGAUUUGGACUGAUGUACUUAGUGUUUAUUAAAAAUUCAAUUAUCAGUAAUCAGCAAAAACCAGAAAUAAAAUAUAAAUACUAAUUUGAGUGUACUGUAGAUAUCCAAUUAAUAUAAUCCAUGUUAAAAAUUAGUUUGCUUCCAAAGGGUGACUACUUAAGGGUCAAAUCACACCGGAAUGGCAGUGACCCGGCUAGCCCCUUUCUCACUAAAAGCAGCGUGAAAAGACUGCACGGGCGAUAUUAGUUUAAGUGUGUUAUAAAGUUAAAAUUAUUUCACACCACUUAUAGUGAUAGUGUGUUCGUCGCGUCGCUGCCAAACCAGUGUGAAUUGACCCUAAUAGUUAUGGAUAGUCUUUUUUAGAAAGUUGGACAGAGUAUAGGUGUAAAUAUGUAGCUUACAUUGACAUGUUGAAUAUAUUGACAAAUACUAAUACAUUCCCGUCAUAGUACUUGUUUGUAAGUUGUUAAUCUUUUUAUUUGCAUAAAGUAGCUUUAAUGCAAAAUGUGAGUUUUAUAAUAAUAUGUACUGAUAAUAUUAAAAUAGGCUUCAUUGUGCUGCAUGUUUUCGAAGUCAAGAUUUUUAGAUCAUUAUGCGUCAUUAAAAAGAUAUACUAGACAACAAAUUCAUAAACAUUAAAUGAUGCAGGACAGUGAUAUAUGUAAUGAUGAAGGUCUUCCUUGAUUUGAAAUCAAGGAAUUCAUUGACACUAAUUCAUUCUCGAUCAACUUUUGGUGCUUCAUCCAAUUCCAAAGUUCAAAUCUUAUUACAAAAUACUUGCAGAUAGAUAUGUUUUUUAACUCUACUAUGAAAGACUAGAAGAACCUGAGACCUGGUAACAUUAUUCACUGUCAGCAAUACAACAGAACCAAGUGGCUUCUUCCCACUCGAGGGAGUGGGACAGCACAUCUAGGGAAAGUGCUCACGUUCCCUCUAUAAACAUGAAUGCGUAAAGCAAAAUUUUCUCAACAUCCGUUUGUCAAUUCUGUAAUGAAUGACCAAAAAAUUAUUAUGAGAAAUAAGCAGAUGACUUAUUGAGCCAUUUGUCUCAGCUGCAUCUGCAGUUUUAAGAACCCAUCAAUUCGUACUGGUCUCUCGUGGUGGGUCUAGGGUUGCCUGAUCAAGAAGACUGAGGCUGGAAACAGUGCUCGAACGACGGUCAGCGCUGACCGUCGGUCGGCGUAGCUAUAUUUAUGCAAGUCUAUGAAUACGUCGGUCGACCGACGAGCUAUGAGAUUGUAUGGAUGCGUUCAGUGCUUCACUGACGGAGCGACCGAUCAUGCGCGCGUACGUACACUCGAAGUAAAAAAUGAAUAUUGAUACAGAGCGCCUUAUCACUGAAGUGCGACUUCGUCCGGUAAUAUGGUAUUUAUCGUCUGUCUAUUUUAUGACGACCGUGAUGCUAAAUUAGGUGCUUGGCAAGAAGUUUGUAAAGAAUUAAUUUAUUGAUAGGGUAUUUGACAAGUUUUAGAAAACGAUCUCACGUUAUUGACUAAUGUUUAUGGAGUCCGUAAAAGUGGAUAUUCAUCAUUCUGUUGUCUAUUUCAGUAAAAAUAACCAAAUCGAAAUCCAGAAAAACGUUUUCGCGGCAACUUGAAAAUGGAGAUUUUGCCGAAUUGAUUGGAGAGGCCGCGAAAACGUUUUUCUGGACAAUAUGGCGUCUUACUAGUGUGUGACGUCACACGACUGUUAUUAAAACGUCAAACGAUACAAUGUAAUGUCACUUUAACCGGAAGUUUACUUGCGUGUGACGUCAUUUUAGGCUCCGCCAAUCCCAAGCGUUUAGGUUCACGUGACAAUAGAUAAGAAAACUAUUAUAUUUUUUGUGGGUGUUUAGUAAAAUUAUGUUUUUUUUUUGUAAAAAUAGUAAAAACCCCUGCCAAUAUGCAUUCUAAACACAGAUGCUAACAAUUGGCACUUUAUUUUGAAUACUGUCAAAUACCCUAUGGCGCAAAAAAUACAUACCACAGAAAAAGGGUAUUUUCUCGUGAACUGUAUACACGCGUCGCCGUGCGCCGUCAGCGUAGCACUGAUUGCAUUUACGCAACCGACGGUCAGCGCUGCCGGUCAUGACGUACCGUUGGUCGAGCACUGUGUCCAGCCUUAAUAUCUGGACAACAUUUUAAAAUGUCGGGAUUCUGGGAUUGUUGUCUAUUACUUGUGAUAAUGUGCAGCAACAUGAAGACAAGAUUAAGCGUAACUAUAAAAUAAUGUAACUGUAAUUACUAGUAAUGUGUAAUAAUUAUAAUAAAAUGUGUAAAGUGUUAGUUAAAAAAAUAGCAAUUUAAUGUGUCCAUUAAGUAUGAUAUUGUAUAAAUGUUAUGGCAAUCAUAGAACACUUGUUUGAUACAGGGUGGUGAAUAUUUUUGCUAUUGUUGUGUAUGUUAAAUAUGAGAAUUUAAGGAUGGUAUGAUAGUUUAUUAAGAAAUGUACAUGCCAAAAUGUAACUAGAGUCUAUGUCAAUUCAAUAAUCUUAAUGUGAAUAUCAAGAAGAUCUUUUAGUUGUUUUAGGUCACAAUAAUAUCAUCAAAAUUUGGCAAUCUUCCUAAACGAAUAAUAGAUGUAUAAAAAUAAUUAAAGUGGUCUUAGCUGUCCACUUGUAUAACACUAUUAUAUUUGUUGUGUCCUUCUUAAUUAUUAUUUAUCAUGGAAAAAGUUUAUCCACUAGUGCUGAAGGUAUCAUCCAGCUCUUUUUAAACUAUUAUUAUUAUUUAUAAUUUUAUCUUCAUAUUCUAGCUUGAUAUGAGCAAGUUAUUAAUGUAAAUUUUUUAUUUUUUUUAUAAUAAAUAAAGUAACAAAUUUGUAUACUGUAAAGUGAACUAUUAUUUUAAUGUUUUCGUGAAAAUGGAUUGAUAUAGACUUAUUUAUUUUAUGGUAACAUGGAACACAACACAGUGGCCUUGUGGACUGUGCAUGACAACCAAGUUGUCGACAGCUUUUAAAUUUGCUGUUCCAUGCACUUAGUAUUUUUUCUUUUUUAUUAUUUGAACAGUUAUUGACUGAUUGUACUGUUAAAUGUAAAUAUGUAAGUAACUAAAAAUCAAUUAUAUGUCUAGAACUUGUUAAGUUAGCACAUUAAGUUUUAUGAAAUCUUGACGCUGAUUUUUAUUUAUAACACCAAAUAUACAAUGGCACAUUGUAUGAGCAGCUGGCGUACAAAACGGUAUAAUUACAUAAAAUUAAAGUUUACAGGAGCUGUAUAAAACUGAAUGACAUAUCUACAGUGAGCUUUUGGCAUGGUUUGAAUUUAUAAAAUUAAUAAUUUUAACACUGUUUUAAGCGGUUUUGAUGGAAAAUUAUUUGAGAUACAAAUUCAACGGGCCUGAAACCUCCGUAAAAUUAUACCGUUUUGUUCGCCAGCUCCUCAUGUUAAUAAAUAAUAUUUCUCACUGCCACUAUUCUCAUAAAAUAAAUGGUCUAAGGCUAGUAUUGCAUUAUUGCAUAAUGCAUACUAUUUCAUCGCAAGGAUUUCUUUAAAUAUUAUGUUAAUAUUCAAACUUAUUAUGAUAAUUCUGUGAACAUUGUAUACUUGUGUAUAAUUUUAAUGCAUUACUGCCUUAUGACUAAAUGUGGAGUACAGUGUAUUCAAACAAAUGAUAGUGAAAUUAUUUUACAUUGAAUUUGAUGCCAAUGCCAGUCUUACUAGCUACCUGAAAAUCUGAAUGCAUUUUUCUUAUUUGAAACAUGUUAAAGUUAGUACAAAGAGAUGUUUGGGGUAGCUAAAUGGUCCAAGAAUGAAUAAAAAACAAACAUACUUUUUUUUGUGCAUUUCGUAAGCACAAUGGAAGAAUGCUCUGUAGGAUAAAGCAAUGUAAUUCGUCAGGGCCGCGGUAUCAUAAUGGUCAGCUCAUUCGCCCGGAUAGCGACGGGUGCGGGUUCGAGUCCCGUCUGCUGCCUGAUCCGCGUAGAAUUUUUUCUAUUAAACUUUUCUUAAGAUUUAAACAUCUAGCAGUUUAAUGCUUAAAAAAUAAAAACAUAUCUAAAUGUAAUACCUGUAAUAUAAUUAGAGCUUUCUUUGUUAACCAUUUAGCUACCUUAAUGGCAUAAAAUGUACUCCUCAACAGAAAGUUUUGUUAAGAGGUUUUUCUUCGAAAAUAUGUAUGUAGGUAUAUACCUAUAUCAUUUGAUGAAUCUACUCCUUUCUCAUUCUCCUACUUUAUUAUAUUACAAUAGGCUAUUAUUCUAUUCAAUUUCAAAACCAUAUUUUUUUUGUUGUUUGUUUCAACUUAAUUACUUUUGUCAUGAACAAAUAAAGUAUAUAAGGGA